UCCCUUAAGAGCAUAACCAAAACCCAGUUAACAACAGAGUUGGAGAAAAAUGGGGUCUCUAAUGGCCUCUGCAACUAUCACUCUUGCAUUUGCCAUAAUCCUUUUCAGCCUCCCAUCUGAAACCUCCGCCAACCACUACUCCUACUCCUCUCCUCCACCUCCCAAGAAACCCUACCACUACCCUUCUCCACCACCACCAUCACCCUCACCACCACCACCCUACCACUACCCAUCUCCACCACCACCACCAAAGAAGCCCUACAAAUACUCAUCACCACCCCCUCCAGCCCCCACAUACCCUCACCCUCACCCUCACCCUCACCCCUACCCUCACCCACACCCAGUGUACCACUCCCCACCACCCCCACCACCAGUUUACAAGCCUUACCCUCACCCAGUUUACCACUCUCCUCCACCCCCUCCUAAGAAGCCAUACAAAUACCCUUCCCCUCCUCCACCGGUGCACAAACACCCCUACCCUCACCCACACCCAGUCUACCACUCCCCACCACCCCCACCACCAGUUUACAAGCCUUACCCUCACCCACACCCAGUUUACCACUCUCCUCCACCAUCACCUCACAAGAAGCCUUACAAGUACAAGUCUCCUCCUCCUCCGGUCUACUCUCCACCUCCACCCCACUACUACUACAAAUCCCCUCCUCCUCCUUACCACUACUAGACACCCCUCUCGCUUCACACCACAUGGAUCUUAAAUGCGAAAGCCGUGGACGGGAAAGUCACCAAGAAGUAUAAAUGUUUAUCAAUUGUUUAGAGAACUGUGUUUACUUCAACAGUCGUUAUGCUUUUCUUCUAUUAUUAGACAGUUGUGAGGCUUGUGUUCUGCAUGUGUCUACACUUGUCUGAAUCUUUUGUAAUUUUCAAAGUCUGCUUUAUCAACCUCACCAAAUAAAUUAUUCCUUCUCAGUCCUCGGAUAUUGUAUGUAUAAUGUUAUUAGUCA